AAAAUAUUGAGCUAGGCCCUCAGUGUGUAGGUGUGGUUGGCUUCCUGAUUCAGAGACAAACAAACAGGUUUUAACCAGAUUUGUCCAGGCAUGUCUUAUUCACAGGAGAAGCAAAUUGAACACUUGCUCCAGGAUUGCCUGGAGGAGGAGGAAGAGGAUGAUGUUGAUUUGAAGAUCUGUCGUGUGUGUAUGGACAAGGCCACUGGCUACCACUUUAAUGUCAUGACUUGCGAAGGUUGUAAAGGGUUUUUCAGACGUGCUGUGAAAAGUAACAUCCGGUAUAGCUGCCCCUUCCAAAACUCCUGCGUGAUCACCAAAAACAGCCGUCGGCAAUGCCAGGCUUGCCGGCUCAAGAGGUGUCUGGAAAUUGGGAUGAACAAGGAAAUGAUCAUGUCCGAUAAAGCGGUGGAGGAGAGACGAACGUUAAUAAAAAAGAACAAGACUCUGAAAAUGACACCUAGCAUUCCAGAGGAGCCGGAUCUGACAAAGGAGCAGGAGAAGCUACUGGAAGAUCUCCUGGAAGCACAUCGCAAAACUUUUGAUGCUUCGUUCACUCAUUUCACACAGUUCAGGCCAGUAGUACGGACUACAGAGAGACAAAGCAUCCUGAGUGAUACGUCUCAUGGUGUGAUCCGGGGGGAAGCAGCAUUGACUGAGAGAGUGAAACCUUAUCCAGUUAAAAUCAGCUUGGAGAAGGACUACAAGCUCCAGCGUAACUUCUCCAUGCUCCCUCAUAUUGCAGAUUUAGCAACAUACAUGAUACAAGGGACGAUCAAUUUCGCUAAAGCAAUCCCUUUUUUUCGGUGAGUAUUCCGUAGGGAUCUAUCAGUGGAAGACCAGAUCUCGCUGUUGAAGGGAGCAACGUUUGAAAUUUGUCAGAUUCGAUUCAAUACAGUGUUUAACGUAGACACCAGCAUCUGGGAAUGUGGGCAGCUGAAGUACAGCAUAGAGGACGCCACACAGUCUGGAUUUCAGCAGUUGCUGUUGGAGCCAUUGCUGAACUUUCACUGCACCCUGAGAAGCCUGAAAUUGACGGACAAAGAGUAUGUUCUAAUGCAGGCUAUCUCACUCUUUUCACCAGAUCGUGCUGAUAAUUCAAACAACAAGGCCAUUGAACUAAUUCAAGAGAAAGUCGCUAUGACACUGAAAGCAAUUAUUGACACCAAAAAGACUAAAACAGACAAAUUUCUGUUUCCAAAGAUAAUGUUAAUAUUAACAGAGCUGCGGACCUUGAGCGCAGAGAACAACAGGCAGAUCCUGGAGAUUCAGAACAUUCAGCCUGAUGUCACGCCCCUGAUGUUGGAAAUGUUUGGGGAGAUUGGGUAGUGGUGCCAUCAUCAGGGCAGGAGGAAAGACUGUGUGGCAUGAAAACUACCAUGUGGACAUCAAGUUACAAUCAAUAUUUUUCAGAAACCCAGGCACUAACCAGAUAGAGUCAAAGAUGGGUGCAGACCAUCAUCUUCUCAGAAGCCGAUCAGAAAGGUAGAUUAUGAACCCAGAAACCUGACUCAGAGACGAGACACUGAGUCAAGAUGAGACACCUUUUGCUUGAUCAAAGGAAGACAGAAGAAACAACCAUUGUCAUCUCCAAUUGAAACUCCGGUGAAUGGUCUCCAAGCCCCAGGUUACACUCUAGAGCAAUUGACAUCAAUUCUUAACAAUGUCCUUCCUGCCUUUGUUGUGUGUGGGUGUCCUUUACACUUCUGCUUUGUGUCGGGGAGUUUUGUAAAGAGGGGAGCAGGCAGAGGAUAGAGAAGGGUAGAGAGGAGUCUACUGCUUGGGGAGUCUACUCUGGAAACUGGGAAGAGACUUGGCACCUUUUGAACUCCAGAGGUGAGAAGAGCCACUGGUAAUAGUUAUUAUCUUCCUGAAAGCACAUUUAUUGAAUACGCACUGUAAUAACUUGUCAUCCGUGUGAAUAUAAGUAUCUGCGGAUCCUGUUAAUUAAAAUUCCACGGGAAACCAUUGACCAAUUCAGUUUCCGUUAUCAAGACAGCCUCUGAAUUAGUCUGGAACUGUGACUUCUUUUUAAGAUACUCAAGUCAUGUAUCGUUAAUAUUGUCUGCACAGGUCCCAGAGCUGAGCAAAAAUCAGGUAGAACUCGUCUACACCCAUCUGACUGAGUUUGUGACAACAGAUUGGUUGCACUGAAUAGCUUUCUCUCUUACGUGGUUGAAUUUUUUUUAAGGCUUGGCAACUGGAAAUGGCACUUGCCAAAAACAUUUUAAAUAAGGAU